AUGGCCGCUAAAUACAGUAUGCCCAAGGGAGGCUUCAGCUUCGACAAUUACGCAAGAAAUAAAGCUUUGGAAACCAAAGGCGCUCGGCCACCCAAGGCCACCAGCACGGGCACUACUAUUGUUGGUGUUCUUUUCAAGGAUGGUUUGUGUCUAGGUGCCGAUACCAGAGCCACCGAAGGACCCAUCGUCGCUGACAAAAACUGUGAAAAGAUUCACUACAUUGCUCCCAACAUUUACUGCUGUGGUGCAGGUACUGCCGCCGACACGGAAUCGACAACGAACCUCAUUAGCUCGCAGAUUGAAUUACACAGCCUUGCCACAGGACGAAAGCCCCGUGUCGUGACAGCAAUGACUAUGCUCAAACAGAUGCUUUUCAGGUACCAGGGACAUAUUGGUGCCGCGCUUGUGCUCGGCGGUUUUGAUGCUACGGGACCCCAUUUGUACACAGUCUAUCCCCACGGAAGCACAGAUAAACUUCCUUAUGUCACCAUGGGAUCGGGCUCCCUCGCUGCCAUGAGUGUCUUUGAAAGCAGGUGGAAACCCGAUAUGACGCGUGAGGAGGCUAUUGAGCUUGUAAAGGAUGCCAUUGAAGCGGGUAUUUUCAACGAUCUUGGAUCGGGCUCGAACGUGGAUGUCUGUGUGAUUGAGAAGGAUUCGACCGAUUACUUGCGAAACUAUGCCAAACCAAACGAGCGCGGCAUCAAAGAGAGCAGCUACAAAUACCCCCGAGGCACCACUGCUGUAUUGAAGGAGUCGAUCACCAACCUUGUCGACGUUUCUGAAGGAGAUGCAAUGGACAUUUCAGUGUAA